CAUCAGUUCCAUAUACAGUGUCUGUACCGACCCAAACCCUAAGGCUAGGGCUGUGUGCAACUCCUUGGUCCCUUGGACGCGCAUUACUCGUUGAGUACAUUGCUUUCCUUCAAGACGCGGUGUCAAAACGUUGCCAAAAUUCUCUUGUCAGCUAUUACCGUGCUCUUCAGAGCUAGCUGGCAGGGCCUUAAGCUGUCAGCACCGACCACUAUCACCUAGAAGAGAGGACGAUCGUGUGCUGGUUCGCUGCUUGAAUCCUUGUAGUGGAUAGCUUGUUGGCAUCAAGCCAUGCUAGCCAAAUGCGGCGCCGUCGGCCUUAAUGGCAUGCUUGGUUGCCUGCUAAGCGGCGUUCGUCGCGGACCGCUGGCAAAGUGUCGUCUUCAUAGCAACGCUAAAGGGGCAUCUACACCAGCACGGUAUCUGACCGCCGCAGCGGUUGCCGCUGCCAGACACUUUAUUUGGCAGCCAUGUUACCGCGCCGUCCUGGUUGAUGCGGCUGGAACCUUCCUCAUGCCUUCUGAGCCUAUCACCGAUGUCUACCUACGAUAUGCCCGGCCCCACGGAUGCCGCCUAUCUGACAACGAGGUGUUGCAGCGGUUCCGCAGGGCCUACAAUACACCAUGGGGCACGUCAUCGCUUCGCUACGUUGGGGACGCCCGGCCCUUCUGGCAGAACAUCGUUGAGCAGUCUACUGGCUGCAACAAUCCAGAGGUGUCUGAAGCCAUCUACGAGUACUACUCCCGUGCGGAGGCUUGGUAUGUCACUCCGGGCGCCGUGGAGGCUCUGCAGCGGCUCAAGUCCGCGGGGCUGCUGCUGGCGGUGGUGUCCAACUUCGACACGCGGCUGCGGCCGCUGCUGCGGGAGCUGGGGGUGGAGAAGCUGUUCGAUGCGGUUAUCGUGUCGGCCGAGGUCCACGCCGAGAAGCCCAACCCAGUCAUCUUCGACACCGCCGUACGCACCCUCAGCGCAGCCGCCGUCACCCGCGGUACCGCCGCCAUGUCGGGCUGCGGCUCCCCCCUGGCGCCCGCAGCAGCACAGGCAGCAGCAGCACAGCGCGGCGGCGCCAUCGCCACGGACUUUGCGCCGCUGUUCCCGGAGCAGGUGGUUCACAUUGGAGAUGACCGGCGCAACGACUGCUGGGGGGCGCGUGACGCGGGGCUGACGGCUUGGCAUUGGGGCUAUGAUGUACGGAGCUGGGAGGAGGUGGCGGACCGGGUAUUGCUCGGAAGCCAGGUGGAUGAUUACUAUGAUGACCUGAGCUAUGCGGCCCAAGCCUGAAGUCCUGCUUGCUAAAGGGGUCUCGCGUUAAUAAGAGCCCUUUAGCGUUGCAGAGCCCACGUGACAAAGGUGGGAACCUUACAGCAGGAGGAGGAACACAGCAGUGAAAGCUCCGGUGCAUGGUGGGCCGUAUGCGUCCCACGCUGCCCUAGGCAGGUGGGGCGGUAGACCCUUGGCACCUGGCACAUAUAUACACCCUUUACUUUCGAGGAUAUGAAGAGAGAGAAGACAUACUAUAAGAUUCCAGGGACGAGAUGAGAAACAGGACUUGCAAUUUCUUGAGAGGUGUUGACGACACGGAACGACAUGGCGUGUGUCGGCGAGUGUGUUGUUAACACGGGGAACACGGUGUGCGUUCCUGGCUCGGUGUGCUGCUGGUUACAAUGUUGGUCGCAAUGUGAUUUCAUGCGGGGUGUGCUUUGUGUGUUUGUGUUUGUAUGUCUCCAUCACGUAUGGACACACGGCACAGCUCAACACGCAUCCACGGGUUGGGCUGUCCCGUGCUCUGGGGGCCGGGCCGACUCUGCAUGCCCUGCAAGGCCACGCGACCGGGCCGCGGCCUGGUCCCGUGCCUGCCCCCAUUUCUAUUCCCUGCUUAUAGCCUCCCCGCUUUCGCCAUGGGAUGCUGCUGCACGUGGUGGCACUGGGCACGGCGCUUCAUUUGUGCCACCGCCACUGCGUGCGACCGCCCCCUGCGGCUGGACCUGAUUUGCAUUGGCGGAGGUCUGGGGGUGUCAUUUGGUUCUUUCCUGCUUGAUGCAAGCAAGCAAACAAGCAGGGAAGCGUAUGCUUGCAGCAUAAAUGAUUAUGUUAGCGAGGAGCGACGUUUUAUACGCAGCGCUGGGCAGACGGUUUGUGGUUGCCGGUUCCCGGUUAUAGCCGGGAGGGCUGCUUUGAGUGCUGUUAUAGUUGGUUGUAAAUGCACCUGUCGGCGGCUGGGGGCUGAGUAUGCGGUUGGGUGACCCGUGGGUCAUGGUGCGUCAUAAGCCCCUCUUGGUGGUGAUGCGACCCGUAUGAGGCUUGCUGCAUGUGUCUGCUGCGAACAGCCAUGGUGGGUGAUGACCCUGUGUUGUGGCUGUUCCGCAGCUGUCCGUGCUGCCGUACCCUUCCGUACCGUGCCUUGCAUGCACCUUGCUGUUUCGGGUAUUGUGGGAGACGACGGCUCUGAGAGUUUCUUUAAGAGAACAAACACGCGAGUAGUAUUUAUCUUUAUAAUUUCUUUGUGCGGUUUGUGCGGUUUGAGGGCCAGCUGUGCCGGGGCAUACCGGACGCCUGGUGGGAGUGUCACAUCGUGGGAGUGUUGAUUUCGAGCCCAUCAGGCCCUGGUAGCGUGUCAGGAGGACCGUUGUCUGGCUAGAAAGAGCUGAGUAUAAAGAGCUGACAUGUGCGCUUUGCAGAGGGAAUUCUUUUUAGUGUUGCCGCCUGGAUUGCGUGUGGAGAGCACUUCCAGCAAUCUGGCGAGGAGCUUUAUUACCGGUGUUAUAGCUUGUAGGAGGGUGUAUGUACGUGGGACUGCGGGUUGGAAGAAGACGGGCAACCCACCUUGAGACACAGUGUGCGUGUUUGUUAUCUGUGGUUGAGGAUGAGCGCCGUGGCGUGGUGUGAGAGUUCCUUGAAUGGCGGACAGAGUCGUGCUGGUGUAAGGGGUCCUUGAAUGUCGUACAGAGUCGUGCCGUUGUGUUAGGGUUUCUUUGAAAGAUGUACAGAGUAUGUUUGCAAUGGACUUCACACGUGUAUCCAGUAUGCAUGCUUGAUACCGCUUUCUUGUUUGGCUUACGUUUUCUGUACUGGAGAGUCGUUGGAGAGACACGGAGAAAGGGGUGUGAUUUUGCCCCCGGUCAAUGUUCUGGUUUCUAUGCGUUUCCGAAUGCAAGUGCAACUUUCCGCAUGCAUGGGUAGAUACAUGUUUUGGUGUUCGGUUUGGGUUCUUUAUCCGACGUCUUACAGAGGAGCGGCUAGGAUCUUUAGAGGACGGUAGAGUAGGAACGUACGGAGUACAGUCAAGCAUGGUUGUCCACGUACGUGUUUUCAUGGUGCCAUGAUGGGCGCAAUCUAUCGGGUGUCUGCAUGAUACCGGUAAGGGGUGCAGUCACUGCCCGCGGUUCAGUUUAACCUUAAUGGGGAUGGCCAAGAUUGGUGGUCGCUGCGUGUGCAUAUCAGGUGGUUCUUCUUUGCCUGGGGAUACGGCGUGCCUCUGACCUUGCCAUUACAGUGUGGCGCAUUGCGCGCGCGCAUACCGGUAUACCGGUACAUCCCAUGCUGCGACAAGACGGUGCAUCCCUUGUUGCGCGCAGUGCUUUUGGAAAUAGACGGCGCUCGUUGUAGCCGUAUCUCCGUCGUAGGGGUCGGUAGGGUCGGAUACAACUUUGUGCUGCAGGACGUGCUGCAGGAAUGGCAUGAACUUGUCCCUUUGUGGUUUGGUGAAAAGUAGUCUUUUAACAGCAGGCGUUGUCUGUGGAAGUCGGUAAUGAUGUCAUAGAGACGCCGCUUCCGUAGUUGUGGAGCGUGCGCUGAUGUAACAGCCUGCAGAAUGA